AUGGUGAUAAGUUGCUGCUAUGGAGCUGCAACAACCAGUGCAGCAUCAGCGCUUAUAGCAAAGCCUAAUUGCACAGCGCAUUGUGGAGAUGUUGCCAUCCCAUACCCUUUCGGGAUUGGACCUAACAAGGAUUGUUACUUAGAUGAAUGGUUUCAAAUAGACUGCAGGCACAACAACUCUACAACCUCAGCUAAUUACAGCAGGCAAGUGCCUUUCCUCAAGAGCGUCAACCUGGAGCUGCUAAGUAUUUUUCCGGUUAAAGAUGGCAGGCAAUUGGUUCGGGUUAAGAACCCUAUUACUUUGUUCAGCUGUGAGGGAAAGGAAACUCGCCAAGCCCAGAAUUUGACGGGCAGUCCUUUCAUUUACUCUCGGACAGCCAACGCAUUAGUUGCAGUGGAUUGUGACCUCUUUGCCCGUAUGAUCUCAGAUCAUGACCGUGUCAUUGGAUGCGGGUCGUUUUGUCAAAGCAUUAAAGACGGCAGCUAUGGCUUUUGUGGAGGUAUUGGCUGUUGCGAAGCUGCUCUUCAAACAUAUGACCUUGCUAGUUUUGAGAUGCAAUCAAAUUCAUCAACAUCAAUUCCAAUGGGCGAUUGCAAGUAUGCAUUUUUGGUUGACAAAGAUUGGUUUCUGGUUGAACUACCCAAUUUUUGGCACGUGAAGCAUAUGGACAACGUUCCUGUGGUGCUAGACUGGAUCUUAAACGCAAAUGACUAUGGUGAAAGAUUCAGAGAAAAACCAGACCUGACUGGUAACUACUCAACACCCAUUUGCAGAAGAAAUAAUGUGACCUUGACUUCUUUGUACAAUCGGACCAGCAUGAUUUGUCGCUGUAAGCUGGGCAUGGAAGGAAAUCCUUAUCUUCUCCAACCUUGUCAAGAUAUUGAUGAAUGCAAAGGCAGUAAUCAGUGUGGAGACGACGUAUGUGAGAAUGUUGCUGGGGGUUAUAGCUGCCACUCAAAUAUAAAUGGCCGGACCCGGAUAUGUACGCAUUUUGCUUCGAUCCUUCAUCCCAAUAAUACUAACACUACGUGCCACUUCAUACCCACACCGGGGCAGGCCUCUCAAACUAUUAUUUUAGGUCUUGGCUCCGGUGUUGGGCUAUUGUUUCUACUCAUUGGUGCAUGGUGGGUACACAAAAUCGUGAAGAAAAGAAAAACCAUUGCACGCAAGAAAAUGUUUUUCAAACGAAAUGGUGGUUUAUUGUUAGAGCAACAGUUAUUGUCUGGCGAAGUUAAUCUUGACAAAAUCAAGUUAUUCAAUUCAAAAGAAUUAGAAAAGGCCACCAACAAUUUUAGUAUUGAUAGAAUUCUUGGUCAGGGAGGUCAAGGUACCGUUUACAAAGGCAUGUUGGUGGAUGGAAGAAUUGUUGCUGUAAAGAAGUCCAAAAUGGUGGACAAAAGCAAGCUCUCGGAAUUCAUCAAUGAGGUUGUAAUUCUUUCACAAAUCAACCACCGAAAUGUAGUUCAAAUUAUGGGCUGUUGUUUAGAGACCGAAGUUCCACUUUUGGUCUACGAAUUCAUACCGAAUGGAACUCUUUCUCAAUAUAUCCAAGGGCAAAUUGAGGAAUUCCCAUUCACAUGGGACAAGCGAUUGCAAAUUGCCACAGAAGUUGCAGGAGCUCUUUCGUACUUACACGGUGCAGCUUCGUUUCCCAUAUAUCACAGAGACAUCAAGUCUGCCAACAUACUUUUGGAUGAAAAAUACAGAGCAAAAAUUGCUGAUUUUGGAACUUCAAGAUCAAUUUCCAUUGACCAAACUCAUCUAACCACACGUGUACAUGGAACAUUUGGUUACUUGGACCCAGAAUACUUUCGAUCAAGCCAAUUUACGGAGAAAAGUGACGUCUAUAGCUUUGGAGUGGUCCUUGUUGAGCUCUUGACGGGGCAAAAACCAGUUUCUGCAGCAACAGGGUCACAAGAAGAAGAAUACAGAAGCCUUGCCACAUAUUUCAUUACCUCAAUGCAAGAAGAUCGUCUGUUUAACCUUGUUGAUGCUCAAGUUCUGGAGGAGGGCUCUGAAACAGAAAUCCAAGUAGUCGCUAACCUCGCAAGGAGAUGCUUGAAUAUGAACGGAAGAGACCGUCCUACAAUGAGAGAGGUUACAUCAGAGCUAGAGGCUGUACUAAUGUCAAGAAAAUCUUUGAUUAGUGCUCAGCAAAAUUCUGACGGGAUUGAUUUUGGGGAAGAUGAUUCAGUUGGGAAUUGGGAUGUUGAAUCACUUUCAGAAGUGUCGGCUAGCUACUAAAUACAUGGGUUUAUGGCCAUUGUUGCCAUCUACAAGUUAUGGUGAAUUCCUUUU